CUUACAGCUCAAGUGUACAUUUAUUUUAACAAUUUGUGACCAACAAAACAGCCAGUACACAGUUGAAGAGCUUUUCCUAGGGCGUUCAAACAAGAAACAUCACCUAUAAAACGUACAUUGAAAAAUGAAUUUGCCACCCAUGUUACUAAAGAGAUUAAAAUCUCGUGGCUUGAAGAUAAAUACAAAUACUCAGACGGCUAUUUCCGAUUCUAUUGAAGAAAUCAUUGCUGAAAACUAUGACGAAGAUGGACAGCUCCCUAGCAUUGAACACGGUGUGUCGUCAGCUAAACAAACUCCGAGUAGUGAGCACUUGUGGACAGAUAGAAUAAAAGAGCGCAUAGGUGUAACAGAGUCAUACAAUGGAUUUAAAUUUUGUCCCAAUACGUAUAAUAUUUGGCACACAUGUACCAUAUAUUGUGUAAAUAGAUGGAGUAGUGGUCGCCCUAAGCCAAGUGAAAAGUAUAUUCAACGUUACAAAAGACUGGCCCGCAAAUAUCCGCCAGGUCCAGACUGGAAAGAAGCCUAUGAUUAUGGAUGUGGAAGUUAUUACUUUUACAAUUCUAACACUCAAAAAGUUUCUUGGUUGCCACCCUCGCAUCCUAAAGCACGAAUUUCAAGCAGUGCAGCUACAUAUAGAAGACAAUUGGCUAACUCGAAUGAUGAAUAUGACUUUGAUCCAACAGAUAUAGGUAAAACUAAAGAAGUCUUGUCAAAUUAUCACGACGAUGAGCCAGGCUCUAGCCAAUACAAUUUCUUACCAGCAAAGAAACAAAAAGUACGUGAUUUGGAACGUACAUUGUCACGGAAACAUAGGAUUUAAAUAGGUAUACACCAAUCACCGUAACUUCUGUGUAAUAUAAUACAUACAUACAUAAAUGAUAUAAUACACUAGUAGUUUGAAUACACAUCACUAAAAUGUGAGGGAUACAAACUGCUGAACAUUAUAUUUUAUACCACCACAGCGAAAUAAAUAUUGCUACACUGACGUAUUACAUUAUU